ACAAACACCAUUCUGGUCUUCUGGGGUUGUAUUUAAGGAAGAUUAUCCGGCUGCAAACAAUGGCAACCGAAUUUAGUGACACAUUGAUAUGCGUUGCCAAUACUUUGCAAACAUUACAGGACAAUUUAAAAUGUGCCAUAUGCAAAGAAAUCUUGAAACAGCCAGUGAGCACUCGCUGUGGGCACACCUUUUGCGAGCCCUGCAUUAAUUCUUCUGCGAGAGGUGAAAAUGCUGUAUGUCCUGUGUGUAAUGCUCGAGUCAAUCGCCAAGGCAUUGAGAAAAAUUAUCGAUUUAGAAGUCUUGUCAAAGCUGUUCAUGCCUUGAUGACUAGUGCUCAAAAGGAUGCUACGGAAAUGGGCUGUGAAGAUCUUUUGGGUUUGUCAAAUGCUUUUUCUCCUACUGGACAUGGAAAUGCUGCAGUUGCUGCUGGUUCGGUACCUAAAGUUUCCCGAGACUCAAGGGUUGAAACAUGGCUUAAGGGUGUAACUCCAACUUGCCCAACUCAAGAGUCUAGUCCCACAAUUGAUGCUGACAACACGCCGAAUGAAGAAUCUGAUUCUGAAAUGUUCUCGGUUUCACAAAUUAAUCUUGAUCAGACUUCUCGGUCCACGGAAAUAAAACCUUUGUCAGCUUACAUUAAAGAGGAUGGUGAUGCAGAUGAAGGAAGUUCAAAAAAGUUAAAAGUAAAGCCAAAACCUACCACAGAAGCUCGAGGUAUCAAAAAAAGUCUUUCACUUAAAAGGAAAGUAAAGCAAGAACCUAUUACAAACUUCUUAGGCGAAACAAAUCUAAGUAAAUUGAAGCUGCCAACUACUGUGUCUAGCUCCUCCAGUGGUAGUAACAAUGCCAAAAUCCCUGACCUCAAAAUUCCUGAACCUGUGGUUGUUCUUCUCAAUAGAGGAAAAGAAAGUCCUCUCCCUCCACGCUCACCAGGCUGUUCUCGUGUGAAGAAAAUGAAGAAAGAUUUUAAUCACCCACUAAAGAUACUGAGAGCAGCCAAUUCCAAGGGUGGUAAUUCGCCUGUGCCAGUCAUUGAAGAUGGUGGCAGUGGUGAUGAUCAGCCUUGUAUCAGUCUCUCUGCCGAGCUGAAGGAGAUUGUGAACAACCUUGAAAGUGAAAUACCAGAUUUUGAGAAGUCUGUUCGCAGUACAGAGAGUAAAGAAAGUGAACGAAUGUUCCAGCUUACCUCUCCCACUAGGAGCCACCAUCAGAUAGGUUCUGGUGUGUCUGCGAGUCGACCGAAAGUAAAAUUUCACAAACUAGGGUCCUUCAAUUUAAAAAGACCUCAAAUAGUGCUCAUGCCCAUUUAUCUGAAGGGUCCUCUUGAACGUUUACACCAUCCACUUCUUGUGGAUGCGCAAACUCAAACUAGCAGACAAAGUUCAGAAUAUGAUGUUGACAUGAUGGAUGCAGGAACUGCUGUUUUUACUCAGCCGCUAAGACGUCCUGAUACUGUAAUUCCAGAAACUGCAUCUGAUGAUGUGAGGGUAGAACCUGGAGGCAGUCCCUUCAGCAUGUCCCAUUCAUUAAAUUCAACGUCUUUGUCUUUUUUGUCUAUUCCUGGAGACCUAAGCUCUCAAGAGUUAAUUAAUCCAACUCCACAAAAGCAAACCUCAUUUUUGUCAAGGACAUUCACUCAAUCAGAUGACAGAUCAGUACAAGUCUGCACUACUAGUGUUUGAAGUUCCACUUGAAAUUACUUAACUAGGCAAAUCUAAUCUAGUUAAAUUUCUCUCAAUUUAAUUGAUGUGUGUCAAGUGUCUACUUGUUGAAUUAAAUCUUCACUUUUCUGUCAUUAUUUAUAGUCCAGAUGUAUGCCAUCACGUUACAUGGCAGCAAGAAAGUAAGGGGUCUUAUUGCUGGAUCUAUU